GUUCUGUUACUCAUUCGCUUCCGCUACUACUCUCUCUGUAACCGCUCCACUCACCAUCAAUGGCUAAGCAAAAGCAAAAGAACAAGACCAACGACAACCAAAACCAAAAACAAGAAAACAACGAAACCAAAAACAACAACAACAACAACAAAAAGGAAGAUGAGACAAAGCCAACAACAGUCAUUUUGAAAGUCGACAUGCAUUGCGACGGUUGCGCUUCCAAAAUCGUCAAAUGCAUUCGCGGUUUCGAAGGCUUUGAGAAAAUGAACGUCGAUAAAGAAACUGGAAAAUUCACCAUUAAUGGAACCGUCGACGCUGCGAAACUCAGAGAUAAGCUUGUUAGUAAGACCAAGAAGAAAGUUGAUCUCAUUUCUCCGGUUCUUAAAAAUGACAAAGAAAACAAAGACAACAAAAAUAAACCGGAAGACAAAAAACCUAAAGAGCCUCCGGUGACGACGGCGGUUUUGAAAAUGGAACUGCAUUGUCAAGGAUGUAUUGAGAAGAUUCGGAAAACUGUUUCAAAUACAAAAGGUGUUAAUGAUGUGAAAAUAGAUAAGGAGAAAGAGACAGUGACAGUGAAAGGAACUAUGGAUGUGAAAGUGAUGGUGGAGAAAAUGAAGAAGAAGUUUAAGAGGAAGGUUGAGGUGGUCCCGGCGAAGAAGGAGAAUGAGAAAGAGAAAGAGAAGAACAAAGGAGAGAAUGAUGGUGGGAAGAAGAAUAAGGGGAAAGGGGAAGGUGGAAAUAACAAGGUUGAUGAGAAUGAUGGAAAGGGGAAAAUGGAGGGUAUGACGAAUUCGAGUGGAUAUGGUUAUGGAUAUGGAUGUUUGGGAUUUGAUUAUGGUUAUAAUAAUAAUAAUGGAGAAGGUGGAAUGAUGCAGGUGCAUGCUCCUCAGAUGUUUAGUGAUGAAAAUCCUAAUGCUUGUUGUGUUAUGUGAUGAAACUUUGGGCGCAAGUAAUGUUUUGUAUUGUUUUCUUUUUUAUGUUGGUAACAAAUUUGUGACGGGUGUUAUGCAUUAUGUAAAUGAGAAAAUGACAUAUAUGUCCAAUUUGUUUGUGUUAAGAGAGAAAUCGCAAAGGUUCACUUCUUUUAGUACUAAGUGGUUAUUGUUCUCAAUAUGGUACAUUCAAAUGUUAAUUGGGAGCAAUGAAAGCUCUUGGUGAAUAAAA